GACAAAAUUCUUUUUAAAAAUCAGUAGCAAUUAUUUUUUUGAUUAUUACAAAAAACAAACUUUCUUUAUUUCUUUUCAUUUCCACUAAACUUCAAAAUCAACAGAUCUUGCACAAGUUCCUAUACAAGGAAAAUGAAAGGAGAAAACGUGUUUUUGAUUUGUGAUCUGGUGUCGUUAAUUGGAUUUUUUGCAGUGUAUUUCAACCUUUAAAGAUGAGGUACAGUUUGAUGACCGCUGUGUCUGCAAACGGGCUGACGGUCACCAUGUUACUGAACGUCCUCAUCGAUCCUGGGACUAUGGCUGAUUGCGGUACAUCACAUCUUUUCCUCACUGCUCCAAAAAGGAUAGAGGCACUGAGUGGAUCCUGUUUGCUGAUUCCAUGCAACUAUUCAGUUCCAGAAGAUAGAGGCUUUGAUCCAACAAAUCCUAUAGUUGGACUGUGGUUGAACCAUACAAACUUUAAUGUAGAUAAAAAUGUGGUUUUCGAUAGCAGUCGUGAACACAACAUCUACCCAAUCAACAUCACCGGAGACUUAAAGAAGAAAAACUGCACCACUUUGUUUUUCAAUGUAGUGACAAAGUACACACAUGAGUACUUCUUCAGGAUUCAGAACGGGAAAUUCAAGGCGACUGCCAUUUGUGAUCCACUUUACAUAAAAGUUCAAGAUUCUGCUUGGAGUCCCACCAUUGAAAUCCCAGCUGAUCUGAAGGAGGAGGAGUCUGUCACUGUCACCUGCUCAGCUAACACUCCCUGCCCUCAAUCUCCUCCUGAACUCACCUGGAAUCUUCAAACAGACUCUCAAAGACAAACUGAGAAAAACUCAAAUUUAACAUUUACAAGUAAAAUCCAGAAGAACAUCACUCUGUCAGACGCUCAUGAUGGAUUCACCAUCAACUGUUCUGUCAGUUAUCCUGUGGACAAAGGAAACAGUGUAAAGACAGCAGUGAAGCAACAUACUCUUAAUGUUUCAUAUGCUCCUAAGGACACCUCAGUAUCGAUCAGUCCGUUGGGUUUGGUCCCAGUAGGUAGCUGGGUGAACCUGACCUGCUCCAGCAGAGCCAAUCCUCCUCACAUCAGCUUCAGCUGGUUCAAGAUCAGCAAAGAGGGAGACAUCAAAGUAGCCGAUGGAGACUUUCACACCUUUAAUGCGACAGAAAAUGCAGAGUAUCACUGUAUAGCUGCAAAUCGUAUGGGAAAUCAAACUUCAGAAAUUAUAGCUCUUCGUAUAAAAGAACCAUUGGAUGAGUCUUUAACCUGGAAGAUAAUUCUUGGAGGAGGAGUUGUUCUCAUCUGUCUGAUUGUUUGCUCUUUAGCUCUGUUGUGCUGGAGACGGAAAAACUCAACUGCACGACAAAAGCAGGCGUCAACAAGGGGAAAUCCCAGCAUUGAAACAGAAUCAACAAAUGAAGAAAACAUCCAUUACGGGGAAAUAAAAUUCGCCAGGAAGAACCCAACCAGCUCGGCACAGAUCAGCAGGGAGGAGGUGGAUACUAUAUAUGCACAGGUUAAAGUGUGAGAGGCAGGGAUGCCCAGUUUAGUUUAGGAAUUAGCUUUGGUUUAUAUUUUGUGAGGAAUUUUAUGUUAUUGGACAAUUGCCGGUGUGAAGCCUGUUGACGUAACAAUGAUGUUAUAUUGCGCUACAUAAAUAAAAUUGAUUUGAAUUGAGCCAACACAUGCUGUUCUGUGGAAGACAGUUGGACAGCACCUGCCUGACUUUGCUACUUAAAAGACAAUGAGCUUAUUUACUCUAAAAACUGAAUUUACUGAAGCUUUAGAUCCUAAGAUAAUGGAAGAAAAGUUGUUUUGAAAUGUUAUAAAUGGGUAAAUGUUAGAUGAGAUGCCACAAACACA